GGCGAACCAGAAGCGAGUCCAACUUUUGCAUUUUAGUUUUUUAUUAUUCGCCUAAUUUUUAUUCAUUUUAUUUGCGAUUGGUUUCCCUCGUUUCCAAUCAUGAGCGCACAGAGAGCGCGUUAUAAGGAGCAGAUUACCAACCUGCAGCGUCAAGCUGGCCCCUGGUGUUAAACGAACCCAGAAAUUGGCACAAGAUGUGUUGAUAUCUCCUCGCCGUUUCCUCCAGUCUCCCUCUUUUGAAAUGGAGCUCUCUUUGCAGGGCUCCUCUUCAAACGUCUCCCAACUGUCCUACAACACCAGCAUGCUGCUGAACUUCACUGGGAAUUACACCAAUGACCAAUUCACUGAGGUGAACCUUUUUGACAUCCUGGGUCCAAAACGAUCUCCCUUCUUCUACCCCGUGACCAGUGUUUAUUUUCUCAUCUUCCUCACCGGCUUGGCUGGGAAUCUGCUCACAUGUGCGGUGAUCGCGAAGCACAAGAAGAUGAGAAACCCCACCAACCUUUACCUGGUGAGCCUGGCCGUGUCGGACCUCCUUGUGCUGUUGUUCGGGAUGCCUCUGGAGAUCUACGACCUCUGGCAGAACUACCCGUUCCCCUUCGGCGCGUGCGGCUGCUACUUCAAGACUUUCCUCUUCGAGACGGUCUGCUUCGCCUCCAUCCUCAACGUCACCGCUCUGAGCGUGGAGAGGUACAUAGCUGUGGUGCACCCGCUCAAAACACGGUACCUGCUGACUAACCACCACGCCAAGCAGGUCAUCACUGUGGUGUGGGUGGUGUCGAUGACCUGCGCCAUCCCCAACACCUCGCUGCACGGCAUCUUCUACCUCCCGGAGAGAAUGGAGGAAUCGGCCAUAUGCACUGUGCUGAAGCCCCUGUGGAUCUAUAACAUGGUCAUGCAGAUCACCACCGUGUGCUUCUAUUUCAUGCCCAUGAUGGUGAUCAGCGUGCUCUACCUGGUCAUGGGUCUCCAUCUGUGGAGGGAGAGGCAGCAGCCCAGUGGGAACCUGGGGAGGAACUGUAGCAGCAACAUGCGGAGGAAGAUCAGCAUGAACGGGCGCAGGAGGCAGAUCAACAAGAUGCUCACGAUCGUGGUGACGGUGUUCGGAGUGUGCUGGGCGCCCUUCCACAUCGAGAGGCUCCUGUGGAGCUCCAUCAGCCAGUGGACCGACCUGAUGCACAACAUUUAUCAGUAUGUGCACAUCGUGUCGGGCAUCUUCUUCUACCUCAGCUCGGCGGUCAACCCCAUCAUCUACAGCCUGCUCUCCACGCGCUUCAGGGAGUGUUUCCGAGAGCUUGUUUGCUCCCAGGCGGAGGACAACAGCUCGGUCAGAGACUCGCCGCCGUUCCCCAAGAUCUUACUGGAGCCCUCGGUGUCCAGUGCCAGAGCUCAGGCUGAGGGUAAGGACUCCAAUGUUUUCAUCCCUCUGCUGUCUCCGAACAUGACACUGAGCCUGGACACCAGAACACUCACGAGUACGUGUAAAGAGACGCCGUGCAGGACCUCCGUGUUCUAACUGAAUAAGCUAACAAAGACACCGCAGUUUUUAGGUAUUAUAUCCUUAUUCCCAAGAUCAUAAGAUUGAUACCACCCUCAAAUAUAAAGUUUAGUUCGGCGUAAAAACUGGAAGCAAGGAAACAGCAGGCCUGGCUCUGUCCUAAGGUAAUGUAAAUAAAAAAACAAGCCACAAGCAGAUGGUCUAAUCACACUAAUUAACAUGUUACUGCACAUCCGUUCUGUUCAAGCUGUUUUUCAAGAAACAAAACAAAAACCCCUGAAGUUUAAUGAGUGAAGUAAAAGAUAAAAGUUCUAAUCCUGUAAUCUUGUAUUAUCUCUUGUAAAAAGGUUAAUAUAUGUUAAAAAAAGGAGUAUUUUUAUAACAGAAUCCCUCUCUUUACUUAGUCUAAAAAAUGUGAAUA